AGCGUCACAUUCGGGCACCGUUUUUACAGCUGUGUGUUUAGCCAAAAAUGUAUUCUUUGCUUAACAUGAUGCACUUGAUAUGUGCAUUUCUCUUAAUAGUGUCUCCUCAAGGAAUCGGCGGAGCCAGACUUCCACGGUCCCAAAAUGACAAAGAGCAAAUGCUGAAGAAAGUAGAAGAAAAAAUCCAACCUCUGCAAAUGCAUUAUCAUACCACUGGAAUGGAAUGGUUUGGAAAGUCUGCUUUUGUUUCUCAUCUGCACCAGCUGAAUUCCAAGGCUUCCUGCACUUGUGAGUCUCUGCUGCUUGAUAGAAUGCUGAACCUCUCUGAAACGAUUUUCCAAGACAUGAGGGGGAAAGCUGAGAAUGAAGACACAAAAACCAGCCUAAAAUAUAUAAUGACUGAGGUGAAAAUGCUGAGACACAAGUAUAGUGAAGAACAGAAAGUAUGGAAGGAGCUUCAGGACAUUCACUCAAUCGAGGUGAAAAAUGCCACAAUCCAAAAAGGAAUCCUAAAUUCCUUUCUCAUUUUGUAUGAUCUGGCCUACUGAGGAAGACCAACAGAAACAAUCUCCAGGACAAGAGUCAUCUUAAUUUCU